CAAAAUAACAACAACAUGUUUGUUUGUUUGUGUGAUUGUUGGCCACCAGGUGUGACGGGGCUGAGGAGGUGGAUCGCAGGUGGAGUUUGUCUCUGCUCCACUCGUCUGGACGGAAAGACGGUUCUGAUCACCGGAGCGAACACCGGCAUCGGCAAAGAGACGAGCCGGGACGUGGCCCGCAGAGGGGCCCGGGUGGUGAUGGCCUGCAGGGACCUAACCCGGGCGGAGCAGGCGGCCGAGGACAUCCGUCAGUCCACAGGAAAUGGGAACGUGGUGAUCAGGCAUCUGGACUUGGCCUCCGUUUACUCCGUCACACAGUUUGCUAAAGACUUCAUGGACGGUGAAGACAGACUGGACAUCCUCAUCAACAACGCAGGAGUGAUGAUGUGUCCAAGAUGGCUGACGGAAGACGGUUUUGAAACUCAGCUGGCUGUCAAUCAUCUGGGUCACUUCCUGCUGACCAAUCUCCUGCUGCCGAGGCUGAAGACCUCAGCCCCCAGCCGCGUGGUCACCGUGUCGUCUGUUGCCCACCAAGGGGGUCACAUCGACUUUGACGACUUGUUCGCCAGCAGAAAACCGUACAGUUCGCUGGAGAGUUACCGACAAAGCAAACUAGCCAACGUGCUCUUCACCAGGGAACUGUCCCGACGACUCACAGGCUCCGGAGUGUCGUCGUUCUGUCUCCACCCGGGUGUGAUCCGGACCGAGCUGGGCCGCCACGUGGAGGGCUGGUUCCCCAUGCUGGGGGCCUUGCUAAGGCUCCCCUCCCUGCUGCUCAUGAAGACCCCCACUCAGGGGUGUCAGACCACCGUGUACUGCGCCGUGACGCCGGGUCUGGAGGGCCAAUCGGGGCGAUACUUUAGUGACUGUGCAGAGAAGGAGGCGGCUCCGGAGGGGCGGGACGACUUUGCGGCGAGAAAGCUGUGGGAGGAAAGCGCUCGAUUGGUUGGAUUAAAGGACAUUUCCCUUUAACCCCACGUUUCUGACUUAAUAUAUUUACUAGCUUUUUUUCUUCCUUUUUGUUUGCUUACUGUUUUAUUUAACUAGCUUCAUCUUUUUUUGGUUCUCUUUGUGUUUUAUUAGAGUUUUAUUAGUGAAUAUUCGGUUCAGUUUAUUUAAGGUUAUGUUUUGAAUAUUCAGGAAAUCAAAUUCAGCAGCUUUUUGUGUAUUUGUGUUUGAGAGGUUGAUCAAUAAAUAAAUAACAGUUGACACAAUUAAAUUUCAUCUCUUAAAUGUUUGGUUUUGUGAAAGAAAAUGUAAUAUUUCAAAGUUUGUAAAAUUAAAAUGUCUAAUGAUGAUAA